AUGGACGGUGUACUAGUCGCCUCCAGUUCGCACAAGGGAGAGCCCCAGCAAUCCCUCGAAGAGAAGAAGUCCCAGAAUCGCAAGAAGAAGAUACUACGUGAUAUUCAGGAAGAUCCAAAUAAGACCGUUCAAGUUAUCCGCAAGUUCUGGCAAGCGUCAGUUGAUUGCGGCGUCAGCAACACGGAGCCUUUAUUAGCCAUGCUAGAGCUCUUCACGGAUCCCAUCUUAUGCUACAAAGAUAUUCUGGGGGACCUUUUAAGAGCGGGACUGUUGUCAUUCUUGACCGAAUGUAUAACUAGUCCCACCCUUCUCGUGAUGCACCAAACUGACGCGCAUCUUCUCGUCUCUAUGACACUGCGACUAUUCAGCUCAUUCAUAGCGGCCUGUUAUAAGACGGAGAACUCUCGCCUUCUCUCCGACAUCCUCGAGGAAGUUUGUGACGAACCAUGGGCAAGCAUCUGGGCUUCGCGUUCAAAGAUUCUGCGCUCAGAGUAUAAGCCGGACAUCUUAGAGUUCAUAUGUGACUCUGGCUUCCUCGUGGGCUCCAUAUCCGAACUCUGCGACAAACCUCUUGAUCCUACCAAUCGCAUCGCCGACCUCAUGUUCUACGCCUGGUACCACGUUGAAGACUCAAGCGCUAAGAUUAUUCAGAUCUACAAGGGGCUCUGUGGUAUCCUCUACAGGGAUCCGAACAUUGGGUUCAAGUGGCGCGAGGUACUUGCGCCCGAUGGCCUGGCAGUAUCAUCGUUGGUAUCGGAAUAUGGCCCCCAAGAACUAGUGCGACGCGCUAAAUCUGCUCUCGAUUUCAACGCGAAGCCUUCUGGGAGGGAUCACACUUCGGACUCCCUCGCCAUGUACAGAAUUCUGCUACUGCUCCUCGUCAUUCCGGGCAUCUGCUGUCACUCGAAAUGCCGGCGCUUCUUGCUCGAACACGACAUACUAUCGGCCACGCACGAGCUUGUGACUGCGUACUGGGAAGAGAAACAGAGUUGGCCCGCCAUGAUCUCCAUCCUUCUCGCCAUGGAAGAGUAUCAUAGAACGGCAGAGGGUACACCCGGAACGUACGAAUUCAUCGAACCGAAGAUGUUCGGUCUCGUCCUGAUGGAUGGGAUGUUCCGCCUCUUUGCUGAUUGCGUCGACUACUCGCCUGAUGAGGCCGAAUGUAAACAAUUGGUGGAAUUAUUCAGGCGCCAUCCUGCCUCAUCCGCACCAUUACGCAUGCAAUAUGGGUUCUGGGCACGAACUCAACCGACAUUCUGGUACGCAGUUCUCAUUGGAUUGCGCUCGGCUGCGUACAGAGAGUACGGGAAGCCCGCACAUGAGGAUAUCCUAUUUCUCGAAAAGUCAUGGAUAGAAUGGGGUGAGAAGGCCCGAAUUGACGAGAAAGGCGCGGAGAGGCAGCACGAGUCAGAACGGUCACGGCUUUGCUGUAGCAUGAGCUGUCCUCGUCGCCGCGGCACGACGCGCUUUGUAAUCAGCGAUCAUGCGCUAAUGAUCUGUCGCGGCUGUGGGGAAGCUCGGUAUUGCGAUAAGGUCUGUCAGAAACGUGCAUGGAAAGAGGGACACCGGGAGUCUUGUCGGCGUUUACCCGCACCGUGA